GCCGCCCUGAGUUUUGCAUUGCAACCAAUUACCUAAGUUAACAAAUAUACACUUUUCUUUCAUGUUAGUUGUGUGUUAUAGUUAUAUUGUAGUAUAUUGAGAGAUUAUCCUCCGUAAUUAGUGCCUGAUUUUAUAGUAUUUGCGUGUUUGAAUAAUAAAAUGAACAGUGUUAGUUUACCAGAGGAUUGUGCAAAACAAUGGGAAAUUUUACUACUUCUGCUGUCUUCAGAGGAGAAGAAGAUAGACCGGACGAGCGACACGGAGGUCGACACCAUGAAUUAUUUCUGCAACAACGAAGGAGUCAGAAACAUCUUGCUCCAAUGGUUAAAACAGAUGCAAUUAACAUAUGCAAAGAAGAUAAAUGAAACAGAUACUGCCUUAAAGUGUGACGAAGUUUCGUUGUUGUGGAGACAACGAGGUAACGACAAGUUCCGAGCCAACUGCGUUGAUGACAGCUAUGAAUGCUACUGCAAGAGUGUAGUGUAUGCAAAUCAGGACGGCCCUAUGUAUCCUCUAGCACUAGCAAACCGUUCAGCUGCUUUGUUACGAAUGAAGAGAUUUAAGGAAUGUUUAACAGACGUAGCACUGGCAAUUGACAGCAACUACCCAACAGAGCAGCGACACAAGCUGCUUCUCCGUCGUGCGGACUGCCACAUUGAGUUGGGGGAACGACAGAAUGCACAGGAUGCUCUACGUGAAGCUACAGAUUAUGCAGCCACCCUUAAUCUCUCAGCAGCUCACUCUGCGGAGUUCGAAAGGCACAUCAAACUGCUGGAGAAGAAGUUGGAAGUGGUGGUAGAGACGGUUGACGAGGACGAAGACGAGCUGCCUCCGUGCCACAAUGGAGAGAACCCGGAGUUCCAGGCCGCAUCCAACGCCAUAGAACUACGACGCAGCGAGAGCGCGGGGCGGUACGUGGCGACGAAGGAGGCGGUGCGGCGCGGGGACGUGCUGUUCUCGGAGGAGCCGUACGCGUGGGUGGCGCUGCCGGGGGACAUCCACGUGUGCGAGGCCUGCUGCCGCGCGCGCUCCAACACUGUGCCUUGCAGAACAUGUUCGCGGUCGAUCUACUGCGGGGUGGGGUGCCGGGCGCGCGCGGAGCUCGCUUUCCACCGGUGGGAGUGCGCGGGCGCACAAGCCGCCGUCUUCCCCACCAUCGGCAUUGCUCAUCUCGCGCUAAGAGUUCUUCUGAUAACGGCGUCUCAUGGCUUCCCGCCGGUGCCGACCGGAGGCCGCGCGCCGACGUCGGCGGCAGAGCUCUUCGCCGGCUACGCGACCGUAGACAAUGUUCACAUCUACCGCGCCGACGCGCCGCCUUUCUACCGCAUGUUUAACCUGGUCACCAACUUUGACAAGAUGAACAACACCGACUACAUACAGUACGCUCUGACGGCGACACUGCUCACCCUGUAUUUGGAGUCGUUCACGUCGUUCUUCGAGUAUCUGUCAUCACGGCUGCCCUGCCCGCUGCCGGGGGGGCAGGUGCGGCUGUUCGCUGCGGCGCUGAUGCUGCGCAGCCUGGGCCAGCUGGUCUGCAACGGUCACGCGGCGCUCAGCCUGCAGACCGUGGAGGAAGGCGACGGCAGAGAUGGUCGUACGCUGACUGAGAGGGAGGUGCGGCGCGCCACCGCGAUAUAUCCGUCCGCCGCCAUGAUGAAUCACUCCUGCGACCCCAAUAUCAUCAAUACGUUCCACAACAGCCGGCUGAUCAUCCGCUGCGCCCGCGAGCUGCCCGCUGGCGCGGAGGUACUCAACUGCUACGGCCCGCACCGCGCCCGCACGCCCACCGCGCGCCGCCGGCAGCAGCUGCGCGCGCAGUACAUGUUCAACUGCAACUGCAGCGCCUGCGCCGACCAGGAGCACAGGGACUUUGUUUUGCUGUUCACGGCGUACGCGUGCCAGUCGUGCAAGGGCCCGGUGGUGUGGGGCGGGCGGCGCGCGCAGUGCCAGCAGUGUUGCGCGCACUUCCAACUGGAGCGCGCGCUCGCGGUCAUCGACCGCGCCGACCAGCUCGCAGCACAAGCGGAACAAGCGACGACAUUGGAGCAGCGUUGCGAGCGUGCGCACGCGGCGCUGCGGCUGAAGCAGCAGGUGUGGCACCGACACCACACCGCGCUGCGGGCCGCCGCCGACCGCCUCGCGCGGCUCUACGCCGACUGCGGCGAGUUCAGUAAAAGUGUGGAGUUGAUCAAACAAAACAUUCAGAGCCUCGAGUACCAGUUCGGGUCGUUCAGUGUCGAAGUCGCCCAUGAGCUCAGAAAGUUAGCUGACGUCAUGCUAGAGAGGAUAAUAAACUCCCCACAAAAUCCUGACUACAGGGACUGGUGUCUAGAAACACACAAGAUAAUAAAGAAAGCGGUCCAGCUGAUGGAGCUGAACUACGGUUCGUGGGAGCCGCUGGUGAAGCGGCUGCGCGAGCAGGAGGCGGUGGUGGCGGCGACCCUCGCCGAGAGCCGCACGCCAGACGCCGCCGACUGCGUGCACCACAACCUGCACUACAACCUCAAGAUAUAAGCAAUACGACGCCCAGUGAGAAUAUCGCUGUGAUAAUAUAACACCUAGGGGAACUUCUGGACUACAUCAUUGGACUUCCCACCGAACAGUCUUCAGUAUAAUUUAAAUUAACCUACCGACUAUUUUUUUUUAUGAUUUUUUUUCUUCGGUACCUUGACGUUGGCAGAAUCAUCGUUUCUAAACGAUGCAGCCAUAAACUUUUUAAAAAGUGAAGUGAAGUGAACUUGAACUUUGUGCGUGGAGAAUGGAGUUGUAUGGAGGAUGCCAGUUUUAACACUAGUUGGUCCAUGGUUCAUACAGUGAUCAAGUUUUAAUAUUACAAAAUAUAAAAUAAGUGCAUUUUUACUACAAAAUUUACAAUUUACAAUAAAGAUUUUAUUAUCAGGAUUUUACUACGAAAGGAGAAUGCCAAUGGAUAGUACCGGUACAAACUCAAUUGUCAUGGUGUGGAAAAUUCGUGGUUUUAAUUUUACCGACCUUAAUCGCUUUGGCAUUCUCUUUUAGAUACUCGUUCGCUCGGCACAUCAGAGUGUGAGCAACGAGAUAGUAGCUGUAGGUAUAGUUCACAUUGCUGAUAGCAUAGACAAUAGUGGUACAAAAACGCCUUUCUAGUAUACAUACAUUUUAUUCCAUUUAGAACAAGCACCUCAUUUACAAAUGUAUAUUCCAAAAAACUUGAAUGAAUAAACAUCUGUUUUAGCCACGGAAUAGAAGAAAGAGGAUGGAAAGGCUUUAACGCGCAUUUUACUGCAAAAAAAGUAUUCUUUUUUUUUAUAAAUAGCCGAUCAUACUAAGGUAGGUUUCAGCUUUCCUGUGACAAGGAAUGAUAGUCCUUACAUGAUAGUCGAUAUUUGACUCAUUGCUCUGCAGGUUAUUUAAUAUACUAUCGCGGUGCUCCGUACGUCGUAAAGUUUGUGGACGAGUGGAGUGCAAAGUUGAGAUAUAAACUAUUUGGGCGCGUGGAUUUGCACUUAGCCAAAACCACUUUCUUCUGUGAUUUUAGCGUCGGUAGUUAAUACCAGCCUUACUAAUAAUUUGGUUUAACAAGGACAGAUAUUGCUGUUCUUGCCAUAAAUUAAAAGGCCUUAUGUCUAUUUGACAAUGACUCGUUCACGGGUCCCAGUAAAUAAGACUUUGAAACAAUAUUAGUGAGAUUACCUGCCCAGGAUUGCUUCAGGAUAGAUGAUUCGAAGGUAAAAUAUUUGGAUCGCAUAUCAGCCAUGUUACAGUACGCUUAUUUAUAUAAUUAUAUUGAAUAUUUAUUUAUAAUUUUACACAAUAUAUAUACAUAUAUGUGUUGUAUGUCAAUGUUCGAUCGGUCGAGAAGUGAUCCACCCAGAGGGGAUGGAAGCUAAGUGUAGGAAAACAAAAUAUUUUAAUUACUCGUGUUAAAACGCUGUACUUAAAGUGAGAAUUUUACAGAAAUGAGAACAGCUGUCUUCUUUUUCUAUCGUGUAGUUGUUAUGAGCGAUAAAAUCUUCUUAAAAAUGAAACAAACAAUAUCGUUUUACGAUAAAGGCGUUGGUUUACGUGUAAUAUUUAUAGAGAGUACAAAUUGUGUCUUAUUUUAAUCAUCGCGCAUUCGUGACCACUAUGCCUCUGUGUGUGUUGUUUCUUGUUUACUAUAUUUUAUAUCGAAGCCGACUUGCCGAAUACUUGUAAGGAAAAUAGCGUUUUGUCUAUAUUAUUAGCUUACAUUAUUGUACUCCAUAAAAUAGUGAAAUUAUACAUUUUAUAUAACAUACAAUAAUACUAUAUAAUCGAAGCAGUGCUUUAUUACAAAAAUGGUUUAUAGUAUAUAAUAUUUAUUAAAGAGUGUGUGAGAAUAAUAUGUUCAUCUUCAUCUUCAGCCUAUAUUUAGCAGUAAGACUAUUUACGAAGCUGUAACUAAUGACCGCCUAUACGCUACUAUUAGAUAUAGUUUUUGCACUUUACUAGCCUUAAGGAGCUUGGCAGGUGGCGUUGGAUGUGUCUGAACCAAUACCAGGGUAUUAGGAAUCAUCAAUAUGACACAUGGAAGUGAUUAAAGUUCUAACUUUAAUCUUUAAUAAAUAACGUCUCUAGUCUACUAGAGACGAUUCAAAUCUGAAAAGUAUAAAACAGCCGGAAUUACAUUUUUAAAUUAAAAAACAAUUUCUCUUGCAACCCAAAAGUCGUGACUAUGGGGUGGGGUAUCGUACCCAUUUUUUGGUGCACAAUUUGUCCAGCCAAAUAGUGUAAUGCCAUUCGAGGCAAACCUACAAAAGUCACGGCAAAAAAAAUAGUACACGGAACUUAAUUUACAUUUGAAAUAAUAUUGAUACCCGUAGACCGGACGCCCUCGCCCCGCUCCAAGAGGGAAGCUUCUUGAUAACUUAGUCUUGUAGCACUUGUCAAUCUUACCACACCUAUGUAAAGGACAACUUUUUUUCUACAGCGCACAAGAAUACAUUUACCGCGUGAAAAAUAAACCUUAUGAGCAUUUUAUCAAUAAUUUAUGCAUAAAUAACUGCUAAUUAUAGUUUUUACACUGCCGGCUUCAAAAAGGACUAUGAUUAUAUUUAAUUCGACAACAGGGCGGUUAAAAAACAAUAUUGCUAUUUUGACAUUUGUUUACAUUGACAUACUUUUAUAUGCGCAAAUGUCAAGUUGCAUUACUGAUUUUUAAAUCAUGCUUCAAUGUGGUCCCAUUCAAAACACGAGAUGACACGAAAUUUAAAACGCUGUAGGGGAAAAGUUGUUCUGAAUUGUCUUCGUAUUUUCACUGCUUAUAUUAUUAGGGUAAGACAACAACAAAUAUUUAAAUGCCUUUGUAUACAAGUUUUAAACACUUUUAAUGUAAUUACUUUACAGAGACCGUUUUAGAAGAUGUUUUAUGUAGUGUAAUGGUACCGUAGUACCAGACGAUAGUGAGCUACAAACCCACUGGUAUGUACCUCGAAAUACAGGGUGUUCGUAACAUCAUAACGAAAACUUUGAGGGAUGAUUCAGACCAUGACCCUUAGUUAAUAUCAAGUGGAUUUCCUUCGGAAAAUUCUGGUAUUUUUGUGCUUUUUUAAAUUAUUUUUCGAUUCUAUACUUUCGCGAUGGAAAAUUCAUGAAAAUUUUAGUUUCUUUUUAUUCUCCCGUUCCAUACUUUUUAAUUUAAAAAAACUAAAAAUAUACAUUAAUUUUGCGACGGAAAAUACCACUUGAUAUCAACUCAGAAUCAUGGCCUGAAUCAUGCCUCAUAGUUUUUAUUACGAUCAGUCACUGACACCUGUAUACUACUACAACUGUUAAGUCAGAUUUAGAAACCAGUAUAAAGUGUCGCCUUC